UUGUUUUCUCCUUAGCGGAGACCAGAAAAUAAUUUGAGGAAGCACCACCAUCGCCACCGGGAAUCGGAGCGAAGAGAUCCCCACCAAACCGAUUGAAUUCGAUAGCGAAGCAGCUCGAUCAGGAUCCCGCAAACGCAACGGUCCGGGACACAGGAGAUGUCGAGCUCGGCAAUGGUGGGAGCCGCGAGCACCUGGUCGCACGCGCUGGUUAAGAUCUCGCCCUACACCUUCGCGGCGAUCGGGAUCGCCGUCGCCAUCGGCGUCUCCGUCCUCGGCGCCGCCUGGGGGAUUUAUAUAACUGGGAGCAGUUUGAUUGGUGCUGCAAUCAAGGCUCCGAGAAUCACUUCGAAGAAUCUUAUCAGCGUAAUCUUUUGCGAAGCUGUUGCUAUUUAUGGUGUCAUCGUGGCAAUUAUACUACAGACGAAGUUAGAAAGUGUUCCAUUGGCUCAGUUAUAUGCUCCGGAGUCUCUUAGAGCCGGAUAUGCAAUCUUUGCUUCUGGGAUUAUAGUGGGCUUUGCAAACCUUGUCUGCGGGAUUUGCGUGGGAGUAAUUGGAAGCAGCUGCGCUCUGUCAGAUGCCCAGAACUCCUCGCUUUUUGUCAAGAUCCUAGUGAUAGAGAUCUUUGGCAGUGCACUGGGGUUAUUCGGGGUGAUUGUUGGAAUAAUCAUGUCGGCCCAAGCUACAUGGCCUUCAAAAACCGUGUAAAUUGUUGGUCUUGAGGAGCUCAAUUAAUCGAGAAUGGAGAUAUAGUUCCAUGCUCCUGCUGAACUCUGUAUCCUGAGUCUUGUUCCUUCUGGUUCAUUUGUAGAGUUGUAAACAAGUGUAUGUUGACUCUGUUCAGUCUCUUAUCGCGUCCAUUAUGAGGGAAAAGAGUAAAGGUGGAUCACUAGUAAGUAGAGAGUUUUUGCUUUACAUGUGACUAUUUACUGCUACAAACGGAAAGAUGGGUAAACGGGACAGACAUUUGUUUCUUGAGAA